AUGCAUAAUGAGGAUGCAUACUGCAUGUGCCAUGGUGUUUAUGCAUGAUCUUUGAUCUCAUCCCAAUGAUCCUCUGCCUACUGUUACUCUAAUUUGCUCAAGGAGGGACCACUUCAACCUUUUCCCUUCCUAUAAAAGCACCCCCCCACCUCAGGCCUUCCUCCUCUUCUCUAACCUCAGCUUUUUCUCUUCAACCUCCCCUUAAAAAACUGAGCUACUCCCUCUCUCUUACAAGUUUAAGCCAUGCAGUCUAGUGAGGUCACAGGGCUCCAUUAUUUUGUCCCUUCCAACCCAACCCCAUACCCUGCACAUUUCAGCAUGGCAGGGAACAACGCCCCCUCAAUUCAUUUUAGCGGCUUUUCUUCCAGUCCGCUAUCCAAUUUUCACGUUGUCUCUCCCCAAGUCCAUGAGUUCAAUCCUCAAAUUUCCUGUUUCAGCAGUAACUCCACUUCUGAUGAGGCGGAUGAGCAACAGCUGAGUCUCAUCAAUGAGAGGAAGCAGAGGAGGAUGAUAUCUAAUAGAGAGUCUGCACGCAGAUCGCGUAUGCGCAAGCAGAAGCACCUUGAUGAGCUCUGGUCACAGGUGGUUUGGCUCAGGAAUGAGAAUCACCAGCUCAUAGAUAAGCUAAACCACGUCUCAGAGUGCCACGACCGGGUCCUUCAAGAGAACGUUCAGCUCAAAGAAGAAGCUUCAGACCUUCGUCAAAUGGUCACAGACCUGCAACUCAAUAGUCCUUAUCCUAAUUUGAGAGACCUGGAAGAUGAGCCCUCUGAAACACCUUAUCUCAGAGAUGAAUCCUCAAACCCCUCCAUCACAAGUUCCAUGGAGAUGAUUCGUUGAGAUGGAGAGGCUGCAUCACUUUUUCCCCCCUUUUUCAUUUUUGGUUCUGUCGGUAUAAGAGUCUGCCACUACUCUUUGCCCUGCUUGGGGAUAUGAGAUGUCUAAGUAAACUAGCAAUAACAUGCUUUUAGCAUUUCAAUCUUGUCUGAGCUUGAUUCUGAGUGUCAUAUAUUAAAUAAAUCUUCUACAUCCAA